AUGGAUUUGAUCAAAGCAGGGGCAAAAAGAGACGCCACUUCGCUAGAUGCUCAGCCAUCCACCGUUCCCCCAUCUAAGGGUGGAACGCCUUCUCAGCGCCGGUACCCCACCAGGAGGCCACCCACUGACGCUGUGCCGCCCACCACCAAAGCCAAGAGGCCUGUUUCUCGGCCACCCACGAAGAAGGCCAAGUUCUCGGGUCCUGGAGAGCCAUCUCAGCCACCUCAGGCAGAGCCGCCUAUUGAGGACCCUCAGAUUCCUGUGGGAAUUCCUCUCGAGACCAUCAUCAGGCGUCCUAUGAUCGCAGGGCCGCCUAUAGAGGGCAACCUGGAUUGCAGAUAG